AUGACGCAGGCCCUCCAGCGCGGCGACAUUGAAGAGUACGUCGCCGCCUUCCGCGACCAGAUCCCCUCCCAUGACGGCAGCAUCCCGGGCCGUCCGGGCGUCAAGUCGACGUUCCUCCCCGCCGACGCCGCCGCGAACCAGGACCUGUCGCGGGCCGUCCACCUCGCGCGCCGCGGUGACCUCACCCCCGCGCGCGCCCUCGCCGCGCCCCACGCCUACGCCCUGAUCGAGUACCAGGACGUCGGCCAGGGCCGCGCCCGCGACUACCUCAUCCUGCGCGAGCAGCCCGACGCGGCCGCCGCCGACGGUGGCCUCUGCCGGCGCAAUUGGGGCAUGUACGUCUUCGCCAAGGUCGGCCCGCGUGGGGGCCCCUCCUACGGCACGCCGCUGUCCAUCCACGUGCCCCAUCCGUUGUUCGACAUGAACACGCCCGAGCUGGGCGUCCGCGCCUUCGUCGAGACCAACGCCGACUCCUUCUUCAUCGCCGGCGCCCACCGGCACAACACCGCCGCCGCCCGCGCGCCGGCCACCUGGGCCGAUGCCGCCUCCUCCGACAUGGCGCACAACGAGCACAGCCUCUUCCUGCGCCUCGCCGAGGAGGUCACCCGGCCGGCCGCGUUCCGCCGCUUCCGCGGCGGGCCCCCGCGCACCGCCACGGUCGUCCAGAUCCACGGCUUCGGCAACAGCGACAUGGAGGACGGCCGGUGGACGUACAACGCGAAGCGCGCGUACCCACAGAUCGUCCUGAGCAACGGCGACGCCGCGCUGCAGGGGCGGCGCGUCGCGAUGCUCGACCGGCUCUCGCUGGAGUUUUGGAAGCUCGCGCCGACGGGCGCCGGCGGGCAGCAGCGGAUGACGACGGGCGUGUACAACGGGUGGGAGUUUGGCGAUCUUGCCGCGACGGGCAACGUCGUCGGGCGGCGCCUCCGCGCGAGGGGCGACGGCGCGGCGUUUAUCCACGUAGAGACGGAUCCGUCCAUACGCGUGACCAAAGGCUGGGCGAGCGUGCGGCAUCUGGACGUGCAGGCGGAGCGGGCGGAAAAGUAUCGCCGGUUCGGUCGCACGCUGCGGCUGGUCCUGGCAGAGGAGGGGCCGGCACAAUUUAUUGUACAAAAACUGUAA